AUAUCUUGUUCGGCAGAGGUGCUAUUGGCCCCAAAUGGGUAGAGACAUUGAAAAAUGGGUUCAGCAGUGUGCUCGCUGCGUGGCAGCAAAAGCCAUACUCCCUAAGGUACGAACUUUCCCAGGUCACUUGUCUGCCUCCAAGCCCCUAGAGAUUUUGGCCAUAGACUUCACUCUGCUUGAAAAGGCCAGUGAUGGUCGAGAGAAUGUUCUGGUGGUGACCGAUGUUUUCUCCAAAUUUACUCAGGCAUUCCCUACUUAUGAUCAAAAGGCAAGCACAGUAGUACGCAUCCUGACCGAGAAGUGGUUUCAUGUGUAUGGGGUGCCUCAACGGAUACAUUCUGACCAAGGCCGUUGCUUUGAAGGAGAGAUGCUAAGGGCAUUGUGUAAGCUCUAUGGGGUGGUGAAAAGUAGAUCAAGUCCCUAUCAUCCAGAAGGUAAUGGGCAGUGUGAGAGGUUUAAUCGUACCAUGCACGAUUUGUUAAGAACUUUGCCAGCGGAGAAGAAACGAAGGUGGUCGCAUCAUCUACCCCAGUUACUGUUCGCCUACAAUACUACGGUGCAUCAAUCAACAGGCCAUUCCCCAUAUGAACUGAUGUUUGGAAGGAAACCCCAACUACCCAUUGAUGCCCUGCUGGGUACUGUGGCGGAGGAAAUGGUGGAAGGUACAGUAGGAGAUUGGGUACAAGAGCAACAAGAAUUUCUCCAGUUUGCUUAUGCAAGUGCAGAGCGGCAACUGAAGAUGGCAGCUAGGCGACGGGAACCAACAGCGCAGGGGUUUGCUCCCAUACUUCCAAAUGGGACCAUAGUGUACAGGAAGAAUCACACGCAUGGUCGAAAUAAGAUCCAAGAUGUCUGGGAUAGUACGCCAUAUGAAGUGGUACGGUGUUUGGACGAAAGUGGACGGGUUUACACCAUAUGUCCAGUGGGUGCCAUAGGUCCCACUCGGAACUUUCACAGAACUGAGCUAAGAGUAGUCCCUAGACGAGUUGUGCCUGUAGUCGGUGCCGAGACUGAAAGCCCAAGCCUUGUCGAACCAAGGAAGGAUUCCUGUGAAGAAAGUGGCAGUGAAGAAGCAGAUGAUUCCGAUCGUGGUCAGUGGGCGGUGAAACAAGUAGUCAUCCCCGAACCAGAGGUGGAUGCUGUCCAGCAGGAGAGGGAGUUGCCCUCAGCACCUGCAUCAGUGUCUUUAAGGCGUUCAGCACGUAAAACAGCAGGCCAGCAUUCUAAUCCACACAACCUCCCUCGAGCAGUGGCCCCUCAACAUGAGGACUUGGGGACUGCAGCUCAGCCCACACUUAGCACUGUACAAUGUUUUUUUAGACCUUGGUGAUUGUUGUGGCACCGCGUAGUCACCGGGACGGUGACUUUUUAAAGUGGGGGUGGAUGUAGCGGGUAGAGCUGUGGGGAAGAUUUUAAUUAAUAUUUCCUAGUGUUGCCCUAUAGAUUCCAUUAGGUGAGGUGUAGAGGGGAGGACUCUUAUUUUGACAGUCCCUGAUGGGUAGAGCAGGACCUCAUGCUGCGUAUAGUCUCACGGAACCAUAGAUUCCUCUAGGUAGAGGGGAGGACUUUUAUUUUGAUAGCUACUGAUUGGCAGAACAGGAUUCUGCGCUGCUUAUAGUCUCGCGGGACCAGCACGAAGUAGCGUUUGGUCUCGUGGCGACAGGUACAAGCUCCGGUCGGAAAGCUCCAGCUCGUGGGAAAGCUGCUUUAAAAGAACUCUGUGGGAGAUAGUUUUAUUGUGCUUACUGACUGGAAAGGAUUAAAGGAACACCUGGAGGGUGUAUCAAGGGGCACUGUGUGCGUGAGAGGAAUCCAUAGUUGAAGCAGGUAUGGGUUGUUUUUAAUAUUGUAUUGUGGUAGUUUGAAUUACAGUGGACUUUACUAGAUUUAGGGGGUGUACUGGACAUAAAUAUUAAAAGUUUACUAAGCUUACUCAAUUUUCAGUAUAUUAAAAGAAAGUUUGUUUUAUCUUAGUGAAUGUGGGAGCUCCAGGAAUCAGCUGGGGGUGUGUAGCUGCUGAGUGCGUUUGUAUUGAUGCUGAAGGUGCUGUGAAGGCGAUUGAGUUCUGGCUUCCGCAUUUACGACUGAUUGGUAUGUAUUAUCUGACUGGAUACUUUAUUUAUGCAGUAAAAAGUAACUAAUACAGUCAAUGAGUGGAGUGGCUAACUUUUAUUUAUGUUUUAGGAGUGACCGAAAAAGGCCAAUGAUAGUAGCCACUGUUUUUCUCUCAAAAUCUUCUCUUACAUCUUCUCCCGGGUUUUAGGAUUGUAUCUUUACAUCUAAAUAAUUUUUAGAGUUUAAAUUAAAAUAAAAUUAUGGUUUUAGUGAUUUAACAUAGGCUUUUUGGCCCAGGGUUGCCAUACUUCCUCAUAGAACCAUUAUCUGGUGCCUUCCAGUACAGCUUCAACGAGUACAUUAACUUGAUUUAUGGGAAGUAACUGGUCCUUUUGGUUUAGAGCUUCAGCCCCUUAUUGAUAUAUUUACUUUGUAGUGUUAUGGUUUUGUGCACAUUUUAAUUUGAGUGUAUUUCGCUUUGUUUGCAGUGUGGUUUAUUAUUAUUAUUAUUAUUAUCAUUAUUUUCUUCUUUUUUGGUUUUCUUUUAUUUAUUUUGUGUGCUAAUUAAUGGGUGGCUUGAAGCCUGACUUAAUCGGCAAAUUUACUAAAUCCUUCAGUUUUACCAAGUGAAAGUACAUAGACUAUUGAGAUCAGUGUUAUAGCCCAGCUUGAAGCCUGACUUAAUCGGCAAAUUUACUAAAUCCUUCAGUUUUACCAAGUGAAAGUACAUAGACUAUUGAGAUCAGUGUUAUAGCCCAGAUUGAAGCCUUAUUUAAUAGACGAAUUUAUUAAAUCAUUAAGUGUUACCAAGUGAAAGUACUUAGAUAAUUGGGAUCAGUGUUAUAGGCCCAAAUUAUAAUGCUCGUGAAGUCUUAUAUUGGGUGAUUUUAUGGAAAACAGUGAUUUGUAUGAGUGUCCUGAAAGAAAUGUUUAAAAAUUGUUAAUCCCUUGCUGUGGUCAGUUUUGUAUAACCACUAGCGUUUUAAGAGAAGGUGAUUGGUCUGGUUUAAUGUAUCUGUUUUAAACAAAAUAAUAAAUGUGUUCUGUAAACCUUA